CACUUCUCAUUUCCCGCCAAACAUAACAAAAAAAACAUUUUAGAGAGAGAGAGGCACAGUGUGUGUGUGUGUGUGAGAAAUCGGAGAAUCAAUCAAUUGGAGGAUAUGGAAGAGUUUCCUGAUGCAGCAGAACUCGAAUGGCUCGAAGCCAACACUACUACUUACCCUGAAGACGAAGAAGAAUACGACCUCGAUCUCGAAUUUCCUCAAUCAGAACCCGGAUCCGACCCGAAACCCACUCUCUCACUUCCCCCUAAAUCCUCACUACCACAACCGCAGAUCAACGGUAAGAAAAGGUUUCUACCCGACGAUCCUGAGUCGUCGGAUGUAGUGAUUACAGAGGAGAAGAGGAGUAGAGUUGAGGUUGAUGUUGAGGAUAAUGAUGAGGAUUGGCUACGUUUUUCGCCUCCGAAGCAGCCUGACGAGGAGGAACCAAUGGUGGAAGAGGAACAGGAAGAGGAAGAGGGAGAGAAGAUAUUGGCUAAGUAUGCUUCGGAGAUUGAUGGGGAUUGUAUACCUGUUACUGGUUUGGAUGAUGGUGAGAGGGUUUAUGCUAAGAUAAGUAGAGUUGAAAAUGAAAGGGUUAAGAAAUUGGAGCUAAAGGAAUAUUCUACUGGUCUUAUUCAGGAACCUGUUAGGGUCCUAAUGCAAAGAGUGGAACACGAUCAAUUCACAAAGGCUCUGGAAGCUAGUUCUGAAGAUCUAAAUGAAGCAAAUCUUCCAAUAGGAACUGUGGUGAAUGAGCAACUUUGGGUGGAUAAGUAUGCUCCUAGUUCGUUUACAGAGCUUCUCAGUGAUGAGCAAACAAAUCGUCAGGUACUAAUGUGGUUGAAGCAAUGGGAUUCCUGUGUUUUUGGGGUUGAAAUUAAGAGUACUACAGAUGAUGUCUUGUCUUCUCUGAAACGGCAUUCAUUGGCUGUUCAACAUCCAAGACGUUCUUCUAGGAGUUCUUUUGGAAAUAGCAGAGAACCCAGAAUAGACAAUGAGAGAGCUCAUAAUGAUAUGCAUCUAGAGAAUAGUGAUUCGGACAGAAUUAAGGACCUUUGGGACAAGAAGCAAAGAAAAGGUGGUCCUCCAGAACAAAAGAUUCUUUUGCUUUGUGGUCCUCCGGGGCUAGGGAAAACAACACUUGCACAUGUUGCUGCUCAGCAUUGUGGGUAUCGAGUGGUUGAGAUUAAUGCAAGUGAUGAUCGAUCAUCCUCCAGCAUUGAAGCUAAAAUACAUGAUGUCGUUCAAAUGAACUCUAUAAAUGCUGAUUCAAAGCCCAAAUGUUUGGUUAUUGAUGAAAUAGAUGGGGCUCUUAAUGAUGGAAAGGGAGCUGUCGAGGUCAUCCUAAAAUUGGUUUCUGCUGACAGAAAAUUGCGUGCAGGCAAAGAAAAUGAAUCCGAGGGAGGAAAUGCUGGGCAGAAGUCAUCAAAAAAGAGGCAUCAAAAAGCAUCUUUGCUAAGACCUGUUAUUUGCAUUUGUAAUGACCUUUAUGCUCCUGCCUUAAGGCCUUUGCGUCAGGUAGCAAAGGUUCAUAUCUUUGUCCAACCAACAGUAAGUCGUGUUGUUAACAGGCUCAAAUACAUUUGUAACAAAGAAAGAGUGAAGACAAGCUCCAUCGCUCUUACUGCUCUAGCAGAGUAUACUGAAUGUGACAUAAGAUCGUGCCUGAACACCCUUCAGUUUCUUAACAAGAAGAUGGAGACUCUUAAUGUGUUGGAGCUCAGUUCUCAAGUUGUUGGGCGGAAGGAUGCAGCAAGAAGUGCUUUUGAUAUUUGGAAAGAAGUUUUGCAAAAGAGGAAAGUAAAGCAGACAAAGAAAUCCUUUAAUUGCUUCAGCAGUAUGUCCAGUGACUUUGAGACACUGCACUCUCUAAUAUCUCAUCGUGGUGACUAUGACUUAAUUUUGGAUGGGAUCCAUGAGAACUUUUUGCAACUCCAUUAUACGGACCCUGUGAUGCAAAAGACAGUCAAAUGCUUAGAGAUUCUUGGUUGCUCGGAUAUAUUUCAUCAAUACACCAUGCGCACUCAACAUCUCUCCCUUCAAGUUUAUCAGCCUCCUCUUGCAAUAUCUAUACAUGGGCUCAUAGCUCAAAUUGGAAAACCAAAUAUUGAAUGGCCUAAGUCUUUCCAAAGAUAUCGAACAAUGUCAAUAGAAAAGAAGGAAAUCUUACACUCAUGGAAGAACAAGAUAUCACCCUGCAUCUCUAGGCAUCUCUCAACUAAAUCCUUUGUGGAAGACUUGAUUUCUCCAUUCCUACAUAUUCUGUCCCCAUCAACACUGAAACCGGUAGCAUUGCAUAUGCUCUCAGAGAAAGAAAAAGCUGAUUUGUCUCAGUUAGUAAAUACAAUGGUGUCCUAUGCCAUGACGUACAAGAACAUAAAAUCUGAUCCUUUACUGGGUAUGCAACAUGGUGCUUCAGAUGCAUCAAUGCUUUCAUUGGAUCCCCCAAUUGGUCAAUUUAUAAACUUCAAGGGUUAUGAUUCCUGUCAUCUUGUUCUGGCAUCGGCUGUGAAAGUGUUCUUGGUACAUGAGGCGGAAAAGCAAAAAAUUUUGCAAGGAAGUAGCUACCUUCGCUCACCAUCCACUGGUGUGGAAAGCCAGGACAUUUUGAGGUGCGAGAAUAGCAGUACACUAUCUAAAGCAUCGGCUUCUUCAGAUAAAACAAUACAUUUCAGAGAUACCUCUAGACAAAAGCAAUAUGACUUGCCUAGCUCUUCUAGUCAGAAUAAAAGAUCUGGUGGAGGUACCACAGCUAGCGGGAAAAUGGGCUUGCCUGAAAGAAAGAAGAAAUCGUUUGUCGAUUCUCGUUCCUUUUUUGACAGGUUUAGGAAGCCAAGUGGCAAAGAUACUCAAGAUAACAACAAUGCUAAACCUGGACAAAACUUGGAGGAGAGGGAUUCACGGCCUUUGUUGUUUAAAUUUAACGAGGGGUACACCAAUGCAGUCAAGAGACCAGUAAGAAUUCGUGAAUUUCUGAAGUGAUAUAAGUGCUAUAUGUAAUUAUACAAGUGUUGUAUUAUUUUUUUAACAUAGCAGUUAAAAUGUAGAUCAAUAUGCUUCUAGGGUCGAAGAAAGCAGAACUACCACCAUGUAUUUCAUGCCAAAAAAAAAUUGUCAAUGCAUUAAAUGCUGUACAAAAUUAUAAUGGAAAGAUAUCUUUAAUAGUUUCUGAUGCU